GAGAUAUAAUUUGUCAUGAAAACAGAUGUUUUAAGUGAUUUUCAUAUUACACUAAACUAUAUAAAACAAAAAGAUUCGAUGGCUGAAUUUUCACCAAUUUAUCCAUAAAGAUUUUGCCGGCCACAAUGAAAGAGCAGUUGUUUAUUUUCAUAACAUUGUCUCUGAUUGCUGUGUCUCAUCAAUGGUGUUGGUCAUUCUGGGGACCAUGUCAUGAGAGAAAAUACGGCAAGAAAGAUCCUAGCAGUCUGCCAUCUCCUCUACCAUGCAAAUACUCUACAUUUGACCAGAAUUCCGAUGGCGUUGUCACGUUGGAAGAAUUUAAUACCGUGACACAGGGCUUUCCAGCCUACAAAAUCAGAACCGAGAGUGGUCCACACGGGCGUCCAAUCAUAACCGAGGAAGAGUUCGGAAAUAACAAAGAACGCCUAGAGCAAAUGAAUAUUGUUUCAAACUGUUCAUGAACAUUCAAUAAAUGAAAUCUACUUUCA